AUGCCGAAGCCGCCGUUACUGCUGCGGGGGAGCCGCCCCGGGGACAGCGAGCUGGGGCGGCAGUUCCGGGACUGGUGCCUGCGCACCUACGGGGACUCGGCCAAAACCAAGACGGUGACCCGGAGCAAGUACCAGCGCAUCGCCGAGGUGCUGCAGGGGGGAACCGGCUCCGGCGGCGGCUCCGGCGGGGGGGAGAAAGGCAAGUUCCAGUUCUGGGUCCGGUCCAAGGGCUUCCGCCUGGGAAACGGCACCAGGGAGGCGACGAAGAUGGGUCAAGUGGUGGUAUAUGUGCCGGUGAAAACGGGAACGGGGGCAGAUGGACUGUCGGAGCCCGAGGGCAUCUCUCUGAAACGCGUGGCUGUGGUGGAAGAUUUCUUUGACAUCAUCUACUCGAUGCAUGUGGAAAGCUCGUCGGAGCCGGGCAAAGCACCCAAACAUGCCGGGCAGAAGAAAACCUACCGAGCGAUUGCAGAGACCUAUGCUUUCCUCCCGAGAGAGGCUGUGACCAGGUUCCUGAUGAGUUGCACUGAGUGCCAGAAGAGGAUGCAUUUCAACUCCAACGGCCUGGAGCCCAAAGAGAGCGAGCCACCUUCCUCCUUGGUUUCUGGGAUCAUUGACUACAACAUGCCCCUCACCUCGACCUACCUGAAGCAGAUGAAGCUGCGGGUGAUGAAUUCCCAGGAGCAGGAUGAGACGUCGGUGAGCAGCGAGGACUUUGAUAUGAACGACUCCACAUGGAUCUCAGCUGACCAGCACCUGAACUCCAGCCUGAGCCCCAGCCAGGACGAGAGCAUGCGCAGCCCGCAGAACCUGCACGGCCAUGAGGACGACGACUCCUCGUCAGAGAGCUGCAGCGGGAAUGGCUCCUCCACCCUGAACCCCUCCACCUCCAGCAGCACGCAGGGCGACAGCGCCUUCCCCGAAAUGAACGGCAAUGGCACCACAGCCCCCAUGGACUUCACGGCCUCGGCUGACGACCAGCCCAUCAACCUCUGCGACAAGCUCACGCCUGCCCACAUCACCCCUUCCUACCAGUCCGACAGCUGCAGUGCCGACGGGCUGCGCAGCAGGGUCAAGUACGGGGUGAAGACCACAGCAGAGUCCCCGCCGUACAGCUCUGGCAGCUAUGACUCCAUCAAGACAGAGGUGAGCGGCUGCCCCGAGGACCUGACUGUCGGCAGGGCCCCCACAGCUGAUGAAGAUGAUGAUGACCACGAUGACCAUGAAGACAAUGAUAAGAUCAAUGACUCGGAGGGGAUGGACCCGGAGAGGCUAAAGGCCUUCAAUAUGUUUGUGCGCCUUUUUGUGGACGAGAACCUGGACCGGAUGGUUCCCAUCUCCAAGCAGCCCAAGGAGAAGAUCCAGGCCAUCAUCGAGUCCUGCAGCCGGCAGUUCCCCGAGUUCCAGGAGCGGGCGCGCAAGCGCAUCCGCACCUACCUCAAGUCCUGCCGCCGCAUGAAGAAGAACGGCAUGGAGAUGACCAGGCCCACGCCGCCUCACCUGACCUCAGCCAUGGCAGAGAACAUCCUGGCCGCCGCCUGCGAGAGCGAAACGCGGAAAGCAGCCAAGAGGAUGCGGCUGGAGAUCUACCAGACCUCCCAGGACGAACCGAUCGCUCUAGACAAGCAGCACUCCAGAGACUCCACAGCCAUCACCCACUCCUCCUACUCACUGCCAGCUUCAUCUUACUCCCAAGACCCAGUCUACAUCAAUGGAAGCCUGAACUACAGCUACCGUGGCUACGGGUCCCUGGGGGGCAGCCUGCAGCCCCCUGCAUCCCUCCAGACGGGCAACCACAGUAAUGGUCCGACCGAUCUCAGCAUGAAAGGCGGGGCGUCCAGCACAGCCCCCUCCAACAGCAGCAGCCGGGGCAUGCAGGCGGCCCAGCUGAGCCCCACGGAGAUCAGCGCCGUGCGGCAGCUCAUCGCCGGCUACCGGGAGUCGGCGGCGUUCCUGCUCCGCUCUGCAGACGAACUGGAAAACCUCAUUUUACAGCAGAACUGACUCCCCGUGUCUGCAUCGCUCCUCGGUCGACAAGACAAUUUAUACCUGCUAGAGAGAGGCUCCCAGCGGUGUCCUGCUCAGGACCACCAUCGUCCUCCCGCCGCGUGGUGGGCACAUGUAGUUUUAGAAGGUGGGAUCCAAAAGACCUGUUUUCUUUUACACUCCAAGCACCUGGGACUUCGGGCACAAGGACACAUUUUGGAACCGUACCAACACCCGUGCCUCCGGCCGACCAGAAGCCAACCCUGCAGCUUGGAAGGAUGUGGGACUUUGAAGGGCAGAAGGGAGCCUGGGGAGGUUUGGGGCUGCAGAUGUACUUAGAAUAACCUUUGUGGACCCAAAUGUUAGAUUCCCAUCCCUGGAUAAUUUCCAAGUCUUAGGUGAGCUGAAUCACAUAUUUAUUGAGAAAUGGACCCUCCUCUCCCCUUAGUAAUUUAUUUUUCUGAAAAUGGAUUCUUUUGAGUUUGUACAGAUUGCCAGUUUUUUGUCUGUCUGAUCAGAAGGAAUUUAUUCCUGUGAAAUAACACAUUCCAUAUCACUACACUACUAAUUUCCAGGCAGCUCUGCCUGUUUCUCUGGUGAACCCUUGUCCCCCAGGGAGCAAGUUUGCCAUCCAGCCCUUGACAUCGAGGCUGCUCAGCCUCCGGUGAGCGUAGGUGGGAGCUGAACAGCAGCGCAAGCAUCCUGCUUAGGCCUUUGUUCUAAGAGGUCCCGUGGCAGCAGUGGGGUCUGAACCUCCCGCAGAGACUCGGCAAGCUCGGCAGACCUCCGGCUGGAAGGACAUCUCACACUCAUUAAAGUCAUUGCAGAUAAGAGAAGGAAGGAAGAAAGGAAGGAGAUACCUGAGAAACACUGUCUUGCGGUCACCAUCCGUACUCUACCUCACACUCCAUUGUGGGCUUCUUCCCGGACUGGCGGUGCCGGUCCUGGGGGCCAGUGAGCGUUGCAGACAUGGGGAUCGUGCCGAGGAGGCUGGAACCUCCGGCUGGGUCCUGCUGCUCCCGGCUCUGCUCCGUCUGCAGCCGGCCCCGGGCCCCCGUGAGGCAGGGCAGGGCUCACCCCGAGGGGAGCUGGGGUGGUGACCGCCCGCUCCUGCGGGCAGCACUGAGCAGCAGAACUGACAAAGCCCUCCCCGGGGCCCAGGAUCCUUCCCCCUCCCUGCUCACAGUCCUGGAACAAGCCCACAGUUCCCAAAGUGUGGAAGAACCGUAGCCCAGUGACCAUUCUGCCCUGUUUCCACCCCCCACAAUGAUGCACUUCGUUUUGCUCAGUGCAAUACCUACUGCCAGUGCUGCUAACCCAGGGACCUCGCUCAGGCCAGGGGUGCUGAGCCCAGCCCAGCAGUGCAACGUGCUCUGGAGCUGUGCAGAGACCAGCGAGGGUCCCGCUGCUCCCUGUCCCCCACAGCCCCCCCACCUGGCUGAAGGCCACACCACGAGAUAGAAAUUCGAUAAGUGUAAAGCUGUUUUGUAGGUAGAAACUUUCUUGGUUUGGAGCCAGUUUUUAUCUUAUUUUUUGGCCACUCGGAGCCAGCAGCCAGGGGCUGCUGCUCCAGGGGCCAACGCUGGUGGCACGGGCUUGAGCAGCCACUGGUCUGGCCAGGAGCAGGCCCGGGCAGUUCCCCUGUACCCUCUGCACCCCAUGAUGCUCCACACACUGGAAGAAAAACAGAACUUUACCCUGCUUUUAGUCUCAGAUCAGAAAAAGCUGCUGGCUCCUGAGGCCAGGUGUGCCUGGCCCCACAGCAGAAGGGAUCAACCAUUGCAUUGACUGUUUUCCCCAAACCUUAAACUUCCCAUAGCAUUUGGAGAAAAGGGACCCAGCCCCUCGCUGUGGGGUGCAGCUGAGGGGUCAGUGCAGAGACGAGGUGAUGGUGGCUCUUAGACCUGACCCGAUGCUGGAACCAGGAGCAUCGUGGCCACAUCCAUCCCCUCCUGCCCGCAGCAGUGGGGAGGGGGCCCCCGGGGAUGCCAGCCCCCAGCCAGGGCUCAGACUUAACGCUCUCCCCAGCACUUCAGAAGCCUGCUUGGUUUGUCCACUGCAUCCUCCCAUACUUGGAAUUUAUGUAAAUAUUUAUUUUUGUGUGAAUACCAUGAAGUAACAAACCUUUGACAAAAUCUGUAACUGCAGCCAUUUGUGAAAAGUCUUACCGUUCAGGCAGGAGAGGCAGAGACAAUCGCUGUCCCGGGAUUCUCCCUCUCCGUGGUCUCCCACCCUCGCCGGUGCCUCCCUCAGAGGCAGAGGAACCUUUAGCCAUAAGCUUGCCAUCAGUUUGUACUGAAACAGAGGUAACCCGGGGGCACGUGGACAGACCACCAACAGCCACCGUUGGGUUAAGUUCUAUUUAUCCAAGUCAUUCCUGAUCACCUCUGAACCUGUCUCGGCACAUGUGGAAGUUCAGGAGCUCUCACACGUGGUCAAACUGCUGUAGAGGACACCGAAGGAGGGAGCCCAACACGGCCCUGUCCCAGCACCUGAUGUUCAUAACCUGCAGCUGAAUGGUACAGACUCAGAUUCCCAAAGCCCUGGUGACAGCCACAUCUGGGACAAGUUGUAAAACAAACGGGAUUGACUCCGAAUUUCUGUCAGGGAUAUUUUUUUCUUUUUUUUUUUUCCCCUUUCUUUUUCUUUUUUUUUUUUUUUCUUUUUUUCUUUUUUUCUUUUUUUUUUUUGUGAGCCACAGCGUUCUGGUUCCUUUGGCAUGAGCUCCACAGACAUCUCCGUGCUCUGCAGCUGCUCCGUGCUCCACCGUGGCUCCCUGUGCUCCAGGACUGUUCUCAGCCACAUUCCUGCACUCUCACUGGGCAGGACGGGGUCAGGAAUUGCUAGUCCAGGUUCUCAACAAGAAGGAACAAGCAGGAGCAGAAUACACCGGCUUUCCAGAUAUCUGAGAGGUGGAAGGAGAAUGCUGGGUUAGCAAAUGGUCUGGAUGGUCUUGGGUUUGGUUAAGAAAAGCUGAUCACUGGUCAAAAAAAAGAGAUUUUUUUUUUUUAAAUUUUAUUUAAUUUCAACACACCCAUCCUGCCCUGGAUGUGCGGUUCCCAUGACGCUGUUUCUCUAUGGGAGAGCGUUCCCAGGGUUGUGAGCAGAUGUAACUUGUACCUCCCCGAUCCCAAGGGCCACUUCCCUCCUGGAGCGGCCGUCGGAUUUAGUACCAGUUCAUGAAAAAAAAAAAAAUGCUGCUUUGAACUCAGAGGGUUAAUAUACUUUUGAUUUGUAAUUUUUUGUAAAACUUUUUACAAGGUAGCAUAGUAUUUCACCAGACACCAACUACAAUCCGUCCAUGGUCUGAUUUUUAUAUAAUUUAGUGGUGCUUUAGAAACUUUUGUUCGGUUGUUUCGGAGCUGCACAGCUCAGUUCUUCGCCUGUAUCUACCUAAGACCAAUGUGAACCUUUGUAUUUUUGCUCCUAAUUUUGGACUCAGUGAAAGUGUACUGUUUACAUGUACAGAACUCCCGACCCCGUGUGUUCUGCCAGACCUGCUGUUGAAGAGGAAGCUGCCCCUCACCCAGUUCAUCUGCUUAACCCAGCCACAGCCUCACCCACCCACCGCCACGCGCCCGCCCAGGGACACCCCACCAAACCCGCACACCCUUUAAGCAAUUUUGGGUUUUGCACAAGUUGUAUUCCCCCCCCCACCGCUGUAGUUUUACGGAUCGGCUGCAAUUCCAAUCGGGAGCUGAUCCGGAGCUCUGAAGCACCAGAUGUGGGCAGUGCUGCUGCCUCCCCAUCCUCCUCCUCCUCCUCCCGCACGGGUGGGAGGGCGGUGCUGCCCGCAGGGUCCGGCUGAUGCAGGGGCCCAGGAGGAAACACUCCUGGCAGAAUUGGGAAUGCUUUGGGGAAGGGGGUGAGCUCGCCCGAGCCGGCUGCUGCUCGGGGUGGAGGUGGGAGCGCCGUCCCACGGGAGGCUCCCAGCGAGGCACAAGAGGCUCUUUGGGAAGCUGCUGCUUUCCCGAGGGCUCACACAGAAAGCGUAUGGCACUUAAUCCAGCUUCUAAGGUGACACUUUAUUGCUUAAUCAAUUGAUUCCUUUGGAAAUGAUAUUUUUGCAGAUAGGCACCUAUGCAACUUCAUGUGGCUCUUAAGCAGAUGAGCACUUCCUCCUCAACGAGCUUGAUAAGAGUUAUUUGUGUUAUAUACUGUGGAUUUUUCCAGUAAAUGUGGCUUAAUAUUUUAAUUCUUAGAAUGUGUGUCUAUUAUAUAUGUGAUGCAACUUAAUUCUGUUCUGUUUGUGGAAUGAUUAGCACAGGCCAACUCCCUGUCCCCUCACUUAACAAAGACCAAUGAGCUGUUAAUCGAGCUGUUAUCUCCAUGGUAUUACUUGCUAAAUGCACUGAUUUCAUAAGUAUGUGGAAUCCUUUUUUUUUUUCUUUUGAAUCUGUAUAUCAUAUAUAAGACUGAAUCUACUUAAUAAACACUGUAUAACAAAAAGGGCUUUCUCCUCCACUGUCGAGCCCCGCUGGGUGCUGCUGGCCCCAGCGCCGCCCCUCGCCCCAGGCCCUGUGCGAGAGGUUGGUGCCAUCAGUCACCAGAGCGGGACCUAAAUUUACGUGUUAAAAGGAAGAAAAAAAAACCCAAACCAAACCA